UCCAGGCGUGUUUAAAUAAAGGAAGAGACGCUUCAGAGUGAUUGAUGUGCGCUUUAACCAUCGACUGGCUAAUCCCGAUGAAUGACAAACGGUUAAGCCAAUUGCUGCGGAGGCAAUUUAUAUUCCCAUAGUAUCUUUAUUUUGGGAAACCAUAAAAAAAGACGCUCAUGACACGGAGAGGGACGACCUACCAGGCGUAAAGCUAAUAAAAUCAUCUGUGGCGAUAAUCCGCUCUUAAACUGGCCUCAAUCGGGAACUGAGAAAAUCUACACACUGGAUUUUUUCCUCUCUUUCACACACACAUUGACACACACACAUACACGGCCAACAUUUUUUAGACUGCUAUGUCGUGACCGGAGCGAUGCAAAUGUCACACGAUUCAUUGGCUACUGUCAGUCUCCGGUACGAAAACGUCAAUGUUUUGAUGGCGUUUGGGUAAAAAAAAAAAAAAAAAAUUUGCCCUGCUGCUGCUGCUGUGGAAGGAAGAGGGGAGAUCGGGGGAGAGCAGAAGAUAGUCUGGCUCAUUUCAGCACCUGGACAGCUCCGCUCGCAGGGAUCCCCGCUGCGCUCGCCGGGGAAACCCUCCUCUACUGAGGAGCGGGAUCUACAGCAUCGGUAUAUAGCAGGAAAAUAUAUCUGUAUUUCUAUUCUGAGGGACGCUUUAACCUAAAAUGAUCUUCCCGAGCGACGAUGCUUCUUGCGUUUGAGCUUCAGCCCUUCUCUGGUUUUGCACUAAAAUCCAGGCAGCGCAAGUGGGAGCAGCGGACGCAGCAGCAGCAGCAGCAGCGGUGGUGUUGGUGUUGGUGUUGGUGGUGCUCAUCCAAUGCAAAAGUGCUAAGGAUAGCUGCAGCCUACACACUGCGAGCCUGCUGCUGUUCCACUCACUCUGAUCACCACCGAGGGAGACAUCACUAUCAGCAAGGGGGCAGCGGGAGGCACGAUUACCCAUCAACAAUGUAAAUCUCACACAGUGAGGACCAUAUUCUCGCCUCCCAGAUUCAUCAUGACAACAUCUAUCAGGUGAAAAGGAUAAGAGCAGAGAAAUCAACCUGAACUGAGCAGAACCUUUGCUACGACAACCCCCACAUCUCUCCCCUCCCAGUCAACCAGCAUCAUGGCAAAUGCUGAGGAAGUGGAGCAGGCAGGUCUGUCAGAUUUGGAGAUCAUCUCGCAGCCGGUGGAGGAUGAGCACCAGUGCUCGGCUCCUCCGGUCCAGCUGGUGAGUUUUGGCUACAGAGAUCUGCCCCUCGCUGCCCUGGACCUCUCAUUGGCUGGCUCGCAGCUCCUCUCCAACGCAGAUGAAGAUGAAAACAGGGAAGGCUCUAACUGGCUGAAGCCGUGCUGCGGUCGUCGUGUGGCCCUGUGGCAGGUCUGUCUGCUCAGCGCUGGCUUCAACUGUAUCCUGGUGGCCUGCGUCAUCCUGGUGGUGCUUUUCCUGUCUUUGGAGCUGCUCAUAGACACCAAACUCUUACAAUUUUCCAAUGCUUUCCAAUUUGCCAGCAUUAUCCAUUGGAUCAGCCUUAUCAUCCUUUCACUCUUCUUCUCAGAGACUGUGUUCAGGAUUGUCGUGCUCGGGAUCUGGGACUACAUUGAGAACAAAGUAGAGGUGUUUGAUGGCGCUGUCAUUGUGCUGUCCCUGGCCCCCAUGGUGGCCUCCACAGUGGCCAACGGGCCCAGCAGCCCAUGGGAUGCCAUCAGCCUCAUCAUCACUCUUCGCAUCUGGAGGGUCAAGAGGAUCAUUGAUGCUUUUGUGCUGCAAGUAAAAGUUGAGAUGGAACUGGAGAUCCAGCAGUGUGAGAAGACCAAGGCUGUGAGGGAGGAGCAGCUGGAGCGUCUCACUCAGAUCUGCCAGGAACAGGCGUUUGAGAUCAGGCAGCUGAGGGCCCAUCUGGCCCAGCAGGACCUGGACCUUGCAGCUGAACGUGAGGCAGCCAUGCAGAUCCACCACGUAUGGGGCAAACAGGGAAGGAGUUUUCAGGUUGUAGAAGGCGCGACUCCUGGGGAGUCUGACGAUGAGGGCACCCAGAGGAACCCCAGGGAGCCUCAUGCAACUGCAGAUCCAGUUGUACGUGAUGACAUGAACAACUACAUAAGUCAAUACUACAGCGAAGCAAGCAGUGAUGCCGGGGCUUCUGGUUUAGGUGCCCGGGUCAUCACCACAGCAGCUAUUGACGUUCAUCUCCCCACCAACCCAAAUCCCAUCCAGUCCAACUCGAUGCUGACUAUGGAGCGUGUGGGCAGUGCUGUAAGUGAGGCCUCAACCAGCAUAUCGCGGUCCAGUGGCAGCCUGACGGCCCGUCCACACAGCCUGAGCAGCCACCCGCCAGGUUCAUCUAUGACAGACUGCAGCAGCAGCACAGCUCAUGACCUCAGUCUGAGCUAUGGCUCCCAUCGCUGCUGCCUUCCCUCCUUUCCAGUCCAGGACCACUGCAGGGACCCUAGCGUAGUGGUGCAGGAGCUCCUCUCCUCCCUCUCCGAGGACUCCUGCCUUGCUCAAAAGGGUCUGGCUGUGGACCCUGUGAACCUUAAGUUUCCAAGUCCUACCAGCUCGGAAAAAGCCAGCCCUGAGCUGGACAACAGAAUAAACAUAUUUAACUGCAGGAACCAGGAGGAGAGGAGAGGCCGGGGGAGGGGCUGUGUGUUGUUGCAGACUAAGCCGCUGAUUCACCUGCAGGGCAGCACCACUGAGCCAUCCCUGGAGGAGAAGUACCGGCUCCUGGGUCCAGCUGACACACCUCUGGGGCACAUGCCUGAUACAUAAGCUAAAUUCACACAGAAACAGAAGUGUAUUUUUCUUUUAACUGCCACCCUGUUUGGCUUAAAUCUGAACCCUUGUGGCAGGUAACCCUCAUUAGAGGGACCACAUAGGAUUUACAAGUUGGAUUUUUCCCUACGCUUUGUAAAUCCAAUCUUAGCCAAUCCAGAACAAGCUAACACUGAUGCUCCUUAACUUGACGUGCUCAGAAGUCGAUCGCAGGAAAGAGAAAAAGGACUCUGAAGCCCUUUGCCAUACUGUCCAACCUACCCUGUUCCACCUAUAUGGAUUUUUGAAUUACAAAUGCCCUGAUAUAGCACAACAAAGACUAAAAUGUCCCAGUCGGAGGGAGUUUAAUGUGUUUUUGGACACAGUCUUCAUCAGGAAUUCCCACUUUGAAUAGGUCCUAAAAGCACUGAACUUUACAUGAAUUAAAACCAGCAAGGGGGCCAUUCAAGCCUUUACUGAACAAAUACUUCUAAACAGUGUUGAAUACCAAGACAAUGUUUUCUGCUUUUGGAAUUUUAAGCAGUUCAAAUGUUUUUUGUUUUUUUUGUUUUUUUUUAUAUUUCUUCUUACAUUUUUUUCUUUUCAUUAGUGUGAUCCAGUUUAAACACAAAUCUUGCUGUUCUUUGUUCAAACAGCCACAGGGUACAAAAGACUGGCUUUGAUUUGCCUUUCUGUCAGUUAUUGUUUGAUUUGAAUAUCAUCAAAGUUUAUUAAAUAGCAUUUUUGUUUUAGUUGUUGAAUAAAACAUGAGUAUGGUAUAUUUGUGUGGAUGGAAUGAAGGCUAAGUGACGGGAUUCUUCACAUGAAACUAGCCUGGAGUGCUUGUAGCAUGAACCUUUAAAAGAUACUAUGUGCCCUAAAUGGCAAGCAAAUCCUUUGCACUUUAAUGUUUACAGACACUUUUGUAAACUUGAUAUGGAGGAAGUUAUUGCCAAAUGCAGGUGUUGUCAUUUGAAUGAAAAUAGCAAAAAUAAAAAUUAGUAUUUCCUUAA